CUCUCUGUCUCCCUCUCUCUCUCUCUCUCUGUGUGGUUGAAGAAUUACCAUGGAGAAUGUACCCCAGUUUUCUGCCUAAAAUGUUUUGGAAUGAUUCGGCCAAUUCCUCAGAAAGUGAAAAUGAAGCUCAUUCAGCUUUUACACAGACUGAACACAACAUAGUUGCCGCUUAUUUAAUAACAGCAGGAGUGAUAAGCAUUCUCAGUAACAUAGUUGUAUUAAGCAUCUUUGUUAAAUACAAGGAGCUUCGGACAGCCACAAAUGCAAUUAUUAUUAACUUAGCCUUUACAGACAUUGGAGUCAGUGGUAUUGGUUAUCCCAUGUCUGCUGCUUCAGAUCUGCAUGGAAGUUGGAAAUUUGGAAACACAGGAUGCCAGAUAUAUGCUGCCUUAAAUAUCUUCUUUGGAAUGGCAAGUAUUGGUUUGCUUACUGUUGUUGCAGUUGAUCGCUACCUGACAAUCUGCAGGCCUAAUAUAGGAAGAAGAAUGACUACCCACACCUAUACCAUGCUGAUCCUUGCUGCUUGGGUAAAUGCAGUUUUCUGGGCCUCAAUGCCUAUUGUAGGUUGGUCUAGCUAUGCUCCAGACCCCACUGGAGCCACCUGCACAAUCAAUUGGAGGAAAAAUGAUGCGUCCUUUGUUUCUUACACCAUGACUGUAAUCGCUGUAAAUUUUGUUGUGCCUCUCUCAGUCAUGUUUUACUGCUACUUCAACAUUUCUCGAACAAUGAAACAAUACACUGCCAGUAACUGCCUGGAGAGUAUCAAUAUAGAUUGGUCUGAUCAAGUAGAUGUAACAAAGAUGUCUGUUGUGAUGAUCAUAAUGUUUUUGGUGGCUUGGUCUCCAUAUUCCAUUGUAUGCUUAUGGUCUUCCUUUGGAGACCCAAAUAAAAUUUCCCCUGUGAUGGCCAUCAUAGCACCUCUGUUUGCAAAGUCCUCAACAUUCUAUAAUCCCUGUAUUUAUGUCAUUGCAAACAAAAGGUUCCGGAGAUCAAUCUUGGCAAUCGUGCGAUGCCAGGCUCAGCAGGAGAUAACUAUUAACAACUCCUUGCCAAUGAAUGUGUCUCAAAGUCCAUUAAGAUAAUACUGCUGGAAAGCACUGCUAUAGAAUUUAGCCACACAGUUUGUUUUGUAUAGUAAAUGGAAAGAAGUCAAAUCUUGGCCAUGGAAUUGGCUAUGAAAUAAUAAUCCACCCUAUUAUACCAGCUGUUUUUCUCUGUCGUGUUUAUUUUUUUUUAAAAGGAUGGACUUUAGUAUUGAAGACUAAGCCAGUUGGCCUGACAUAUGUUCCUGUGACAGGGGGCCAUCUCGGGGUUGGGUCUCAACCUUGGCCCGCCUGCCUGUCUAAGUAGGGAAGUUCGCCCAGUCUUGCCUGCCACAACUUGCUGUCCCCAAAACUGGUGUAUAAAUACAGGAGGCUACCCAUUUUACUGCCUUGAUGCCAGGGGACACUAUACAAGACUCUGACCUUCCCUUAUAGUGUUCCAUUCCUCGCAGAUGGCAUCCUUGAGUUGCUCUUUGCUGUGGCUUUUGGCUGAGCAAAACUCAGCCCCUUGCUAGCCUCAUGCACUUGUCCUUUCACUCUGCCCUAUUGGACCUCAUUCAUACUUCCCCCCUCUCACUGGUGCCUCUUCCACUCUGCUGUCUCUCACCGGGCCUUUUACAUGCUGCCCCUCACUGGGCCACACCGAACCUGCCCUGCUUUCUUGAGUGACCACGUAGGUCAUCAGGCCUGCCUACUCUCACUCCUUGGCUUGCAGGCACACAAUCUCUUAGGCCCUCUUGCAACCCUCAUCUGAACAGUGACCAGUUAAUUCAUCUUGCCCUUGGCAGAGCUCUGACACAUGCCCCUCUCUGGGUAACUCAUCACUCUCACCUCCUCAUUAGGACCAGCUAUUCAUGCAAACUUCUUCACUUCUGACCCAAACUCAGCCUCACCACAUCUGAGGACUUACUGGGGUCUCAGCCUCUGGCCCAACUGCAGCCUCACAUGUUCAUAGAUUUACCUGGCCUAUCUGCCACUUUCCUGGGGCUUUAACUUAUGCCCUCCUACUAGGGCCCUCUUGCUAGGGCCUUCACUUUCACAUAUGCCCUCUCACUAGGGCCUUCCACAUGUGUCCAGAGAUGUGCUUGGCCCCUGUAUCUGUUCCUAGGUGUGGGUAACCCACCAGGAUGUGGGGGCUGAGGUUUUAAGGUGCCCCUACCUGCCUUUCACCGGGGAGGUAACUGGCCUGGCAUUUCUGGGGGAUUGUUCUGCCACAGACAGCCCCACCAGACCACCCUUCCCUGGCAGGGUGCAGUUUUCAGUCUUACCCAGAACCAGUGCAGGCCUACCUGACUUGGUCUUAUCCCUACUAGGCUAUUUGUUGUUCCUGGACUGCUGCUGGCUGCCUCUCACUGGCCCAACUAUCCAAAUCCCUCCUUGGAUGCCUCCCAUCCAAAGGCUGAGUUUCAGCCUCCUUCAUUUCAGCCUGCUGUCUCGCUGAGCCUUUCUUCCUCUAGACAAUUACGUCCCCCCAUCGAGGGGACCAUAAGCCUCCUUAGGCUCUGGCCCCAUCUCCAGCCCAGUCGGGGUGUCAGAUAGCCCAUCAUGGCCCAGGCCUGCCCCGGGCUUCAUUUGGGCUUCAUUGCCCUUUGGCCUUCUGGCCCUUGCCCUCUUGCAUUGAGCACCUGAGGUACUCUGGUCCUAGCACCGCAGCCACUGACUUCCUUAGGCAGCAAGGGUCCCCUUCUGGCCCCCACCAUAUAGCCAUCUCAUACUGGGCUUAUGUAGCACCCUAGGGAUCUUAAUAAAUAGCUCUAGUCUCAAUCUGGCUCACCUGAGCCCCAGGCCUCACCCCUGCCUGUUCUAAAUCAGGAGCUUGCCUAGCCCCUGUGUAGGCCCACAACUAUAAGCCCCUUCUCAGGUUGGGCCUUGUUCUCUUUAGGCCCAAAGCCUUCUCUCUGGGGCUUGGGACCUCACUGGGCCCUUAGGAACCAGCCCCAUAGUUCCUCCUUUACCACCAAGGUGUUCGGAGCAGCAGCUCAACCAGGUGUUGUUGCUCCCCGGCUGCCAGCAGCAGACUGCUGGCUUAGCCCUGAGGCCUGAGCUAUAAUGGAAGUUGCUCAGCCCUCUCCUCCAAUCACAUGGUCUGGCCUGCAGUCAUGUGACUUUCUCAUCAAGGCUGGCCCAUACCUGCUGGUUGCUCUGCUGUCUGCUCUCACCCUUAAAGUGGCAGGCACUGAAAGGUGCUCUGCCACAGUUCUUAAGAUGCUCACUAAGAUCCCUCUUAGUGAAUGCUCCUUGUGUUUUAUUUGGUAGCUAUGUUGGUCUGAGACAAAAAGAAAUGCAAAACUCUAGAACUC